ACUGUAUUUAGGUAUUUACGAAACAAGGAUGGAUUAAUUCUGGGUGUUAUCAGCACGAGGUCUAGAAAGUUCCUCCAUUGCGGCAUUUUCACAUCGUGUCAAACCGGCAUCUAAUCUCCUUUAAAUCUUCUUUUUGUAAAUCAACUCAAACUUUAUUUAAAAGAAAAUGGCUGGUGCUGCGGCGAAAAAAUUCUUCCCAAUGAUGGAUAGGGUUCUCGUGAAAAAAUUCGAAGCGAUGACCAAAACUAAGGGAGGAAUUGUUAUUCCCGAAAAGGCGACUGCUAAAGUCUUGAAGGCUACCGUGGUUGCUGUGGGACAAGGUUCUCGGAAUCAACAAGGCGAAUUCGUUCCUUUGACAGUUAAAGUUGGAGACAACGUUUUGUUACCGGAGUAUGGUGGUACCAAAGUCGAAAUAGAUGAGAAUACCGAAUAUCAUUUGUAUAGGGAAUCAGAAAUUUUGGCUAAAUUUGAAUCGUAAUCAAUGUACGGGAGUGUUUUUUUGAACUGAUCUUUUUUAAUGUGCUAGUUAAAUGUUUGCGCGUCCUCAAUUUAAUUAUAUUGGAUCUGUUUGAUGCGCAAAUAAUAAAACACCUUCUGCCUCUCCCUUGAAGUUGAGGUUUUGUCAAAAUUAUAACUUUAAGGGAGUUAUUUGGAUGACAACAGCAUUUGUUGUAUGAUUUUUUUUAGUUAUAAAUUAGUUGUUACAUUUGUAUGAAAUAAACAUUUUUACUACAAA